GGGAGCAGUUUCAUGGCCUCGGGUCUAUGUACUGCAGAGGAGCAGCUGCUGUGAUCCUCACGUACGAUGUGAACAGCCUCCAAAGCCUGACCGAGCUGGAAGAAAGAUUCUUGGCACUGACGGACAGUGCGAGUGCUGACUGCAUUUUUGCUGUUGUUGGAAAUAAAGUUGACCUCACUGAUGACUGUGCUUUACCACCGGAUGAAAAUAGACCUGAGAAGUCUGUUGCCAGCUGUGGCUCGAAGGUGCGAAAACAAGUCCGUGCAGAGGAUGCCAUUGCGCUCUAUAAAAAGAUACUGAAAUACAAAAUGCUAGAUGAGAAGGAUGUUCCAGCAGCUGAGAAAAUGUGCUUUGAGACCAGUGCAAAAACAGGAUACAAGGUGGACUACCUCUUUGAAACUGUGUUUGACAUGGUAGUCCCAAUAAUUGUACGGCAGAAAGCUGAGGGGCCACCGCAAACCGUAGACAUUACUGACUACAAGCCAGCAAAAAGGACAAAGUCUGGUUGUUGUGCCUGAACCGUUUACGUGACAUAAGAAAAGGGGAGGGAUUGUUCGCUCCGGCAAACUGAGGAGUACCAAGUGCUUGCAGUUCACCAGAAAGGAAAAGUCAAAGAAUAAAUAGACU